AUGGAUAAUCUCAAGGAAUUACUUAAACCAAAAACGUUUAACACAGUUAGCCACGCUGCAGUUGUUAUUUGGAUCCUGAUCGGUGUAAUCUUCCUUGGCAUUUUUGCAGACGCGGAAAACAGCGAAUCCAGGUAUGAUUUCCGCUGUGGCGGGGCGAAGAGUGAAAACAUCGACCUUGUCCGUGGAAGAUGUUUCGAGUUAUACGAGAAGCGGUAUAACAAACACGAUGUUCCUAUCUAUGCCUUCGUGAUCAUGAAUUUCUUCCUCAUCGGAACGGUCUGUGCUAUUUACUCCCAAAUAGCGAGCCUCACAAUCAAUCAACUGUCGCCAAACGCUCGUAACGGUGAUCUCGAGGGGCAGUUGCGCGACCAAGGAAACGCACUUUCUAGUAAAAAGCUGUUUAUCGCUUACUGCUGCCAACUUUUCGCAAGGAUUGUUUUAGGAGUUCUCUUCAUGGUUCUACAAAAACAGUUUCUCUAUCCUCUGGACUUCCCCCCCAACUUCUCUUGUUAUCUAACCUCUGGAGGGAUUCAGCCAAGAAAUUUUACUGGCGUCUGGCACGAUUGUCAUAAUCAACGAGCAACUAAGAAAAACUCCUGGAUGCGCGCUGUUCUUGUCGUGAACGGAAUUUUUCUCUUUGGCAUUCUGUUAGAAACCGCCUAUAUUUUGCUACGAGCCUGGAAAGAGGAUAGUUUCAUGAAAAAUUCCAAGUUUUUAAAGGCUCACCUGAAUCCCUUCCAUGCCGACUCGCAAAAUGCUACCACAUCGACUCAGUUGAGACCUGAACCUCCGCAGCAAGAAGAAAGAACAGAGCAAGAAACGAACGUCCCACAAGAACUGCACCAGGAAGAGGAAAGUAAAGAACAUGAAACGAACAUCCCACAUCUGCCAAGCAAGCCUCAACAACUUCAGAAACCACCGCUUCAGAAAUUCAUCGAGGAUACAAAAGAAAUUAUUAAAGAGGAGACCAAUCAAACUCCCCAACUCCGGUCGCCUUUUUCAAGUACUCCAGGCGAAGGACACCGAGUUAAACAUUUGACUCUGGAUCAGAUUUACACUAAACUUGUCGUUGUUCCAGACAUGGCUAAUUAUGACUUUACUGGAGACAGACUAGAGAAACUAAAAGUCUACACCAGAUCGGGUGGGGAAAACACAACACCAAGAGGGCCGGAGGACAUUCUUAACCACGAAAACAAAAACGUUUUGAUUGUUGGUCGUCCCGGAAUCGGAAAGACACUAUGCUGUACCAAACUCCUCAGAGACUGGGCAUUUAACAAAGUAUUCCAUGAAUCACCUGAUUCCAAAAUCCAUUUUGAUGCUCCUUUCUUCAUCAAAUUCAGAGCAUUCAACGCGGCAAACGACCUUAGCCUCCGGGAACUGCUCUCAUCAUCAGAACAUUCCCCUUCACAUCCCAUGGAUGAUGAAGUCUGGAAAUACGUCCUCGAUAACCCCCAAAGAGUUCUCAUUAUUUUCGAUGGAAUCGAUGAAUUUAAACAUAAUUCAAAAAUCGGCGAGGAAAAUUUCGAGCCUAAAUUCAGAAACCGCGCAGACGAGAAGAUGCCCCUGUACGCCUUGUACGAGAAGCUUGCGACUGGGAAACUUCUCAACGGGGCUGCCGUUUUAACAACCACAAGACCCACGGCUUUGUCAUGCAUCGAAUGUGUUUCUUUCGAUAAAAUCUUCGAGGUCCUCGGCUUCUCGUCCGAACAAGUCAAAGAAUACGUAACCAAAUUCAGUUCUGAAGAGGACAAGGAUGCGGGAGAAACACUAUGGCGACACAUCGGCGGCAACAGGAACAUUCUCUCUCUAUGCUACAUUCCUGCGAGUUGCUUCAUCAUUUGCACAACUCUGUUACAAAUGGUGAAGUUCUAUGGUUCCAAGAGUCUUAGCCUACCAAGGAAUCUAACGGUUAUUUACAAGAAAGCAGUGAAAAUUUUUUACUUCAGACACAACGAAGAAUUCCGCGGCAAGUAUUUCGCUAGCAAAUUCUUGGAAUCAGACAAGUUACCCCCUGAAGUGGAAAAGAAAUUCUCGAAACUUGAAAAAAUGGCAUUUGAAGGAAUUAGAGAAGGAAGGCUGGUCUUUGAAGGACACGAAGUACGGGGAAUGGAAGACAACGCUCUUUUUCACCGCUUACCCGACCGUCGGCCUGACACGUUUGAACGCGAGGAACAAUUCUGUUUCAUUCAUUUAACAAUGCAAGAGUUUUUCGCUGCGAGGCACCUAGCAAACAUGGAUGAAACAGAACUGAGGAACUUUGUUUCUACGAACAUCGCGGACGGCAAAUGGCAGCUGGUUUUUCAGUUUCUAGCAGGACUAAUGAACGAGAAAGAAAACCUACCGAGCGAAAUCAUCACAGACCUUCUUCCUGUGGAAACUGAAGAGAAAAAACACGAGUUCUACAACGAAGAGUGGACAGAGGAUAUGGGGCCAAGGAAAGUAACUUGUUGGCCGACUAGAGACAAAAAACAUUUAGCAGUGACAUUAUUUAAAUGCAUUAACGAAAGUAGUGAGAUGGAGGAAAUAGUUCAGAGAAAACUACAACAAAUUAACUUUAAUUUUGUAAAUUUUAAUGAUUGUCAACUCACACCUGUUGAUUGUGCUUCAGUAGUGUUGUUCAGUAGUAAUGUUCAACAAAUUGCACAUUUAGAUUUGGCCGACAAUAACUUUGGUCCAUUAGGUUGUUUUGAAAUUUGUAAGUUGUUAAAAUGUAGUAAAUCUCAACUGAGCUGGUUAAACCUCGAAAGAAAUCAAUUGACAGACGAAGGAGCAAAGUAUUUAGCUGACGCCAUCAACAACAACAACUGUCAGCUACGCACGUUAGUCCUCUCAGCAAAUAACAUCUCACACAUUGGAGCACAGCACUUGGCUGAAGCCAUCAACAACAACAACUGUCAGCUACGCACGUUAGACCUCUCAGCAAAUAACAUCUCAGACAUUGGAGCACAGCACUUGGCUGAAGCCAUCAACAACAACAACUGUCAGCUACGCACGUUAGACCUCUACAGAAAUAACAUCUCAGACAUUGGAGCACAGCACUUGGCUGAAGCCAUCAACAACAACAACUGUCAGCUACGCACGUUAGACCUCUCAGCAAAUAACAUCUCAGACAUUGGAGCACAGCACUUGGCUGAAGCCAUCAACAACAACAACUGUCAGCUACGCACGUUAAACCUCUUAGCAAAUAACAUCACAGAAGCAGGUAAACAACACGCAAAGAAUUUACUUAGC